UCAAUGGCCCUUUGCUUUGCAGAUACCAAUCAAAAUUAGAAAAGCAGUUACAAGAAAUGAAAAUACCGCAGUUGUGCCGAACCUUUGGCUAUGCCGAAGUUCCCGUGAGAAAACCAGAUCAGUUUCUAAAGAAAGGCCAGGGUAUCGGGCAGCCGAUAAAGACUAGUGACCACAAAUGCUUUGUAUCUGGUAAUCUACCCCCGGUGCCGAAGCGACCACCACCAGGGUCAAAGGAACCUGAAAGACCUAAAGUCAACUUCAAGGUAGUGAACAUAAGGAAGGCUAUCAAAGAGAAAGGGAGGCCUGUUCAGCCCAGACUAGUGGACACAAGGGACGGGCAUAUAAAGAAGAUCAAAGGAUCUGGCGAAGUGCCAGAAUACUGCCUACGUCCUGAUUUCGGGCAGAUGCCGGCGUAUCUGGUGAGAAGAAACAGACGGAUCUACAAAGAAAGGGAGCGCAUUAGAACCGCAGAAGAAAACAGAGAGAGUCUGUGCAAGCUUAUUAGCCAGGAGGAAAGACAGAAGCUAUUGACAGACCUGAAAACCAACUGGCAAUUACUGCAAAAGUCCUUCCUGCAGCUUCCCAUGCUGACUGAUACAAUUCCAAAAAUUAAUAAAAAAGUUAAACUUGAACAAGAAUUGAAGCAGCUUGAAAAAGACAUCGCUUUAGUAGAGGACAAUCCUUAUAUAUACAUUUUCGAAUCGUAAUUUUUUUCGCGUAAUUAUUUUCAUUGUCAUGUAAGGCGGGUCCAUUUUUCCUUCAAAAUAUGCAACGUAGCAAGAGAAUUUACCAUACCACAUUUCACUAACUAUAACCCGUAGAAGUUUAGUAACGGCAAACGAUAAAAUACGAUAUAAUACUGCAAGAAACGAGAGGCACGCCAUCUACCUACCGACCAAUUUGUUACGUGAUCGGGGUGAGUAAUCUACGCUGGUUUCCGAUUACGAGUUCCUGCAAUUCGAGGAAGCGCAUCGGAUCGAGAUCUCUCGAACCUCUACGGGUUAUAUAUAAUAUGUGAAUGUUUAUCCUGUGCUUACGCGCAAUAUUCCAUAAGUAGGUAGCUAUCCAGUAGUUAUGUUUAAGGAGGUGACAGCUUAAAUCUAUAACAACCCCUUUUUUUUAAAUAAUAAAUAAACUAAAUUUCCGUGCAAAAUCUUAUGAUUAUACGAUAUCAAUUGCGCGGCUAUACGAUCAUUAUGCUCUAGAUUUAUAUAGAAAAAAACGUGCAAGUCUUAUGCUCUGGCCACAUAGAGGUGGUAGUGGGGCUUUUCUGGGGAAUUUUUGUAAUGUUCGUGCUCUUAUUCACCUUGCCACAUUGAAACCGGGUCGCGUGGCGACGCGGGCCGGGGCCGAACGUUGUGGCAAGCAGGCGCGGGCCGGAUCCGGGGCGAACGCGGGGCGGGCUCAAAGCUGUAUUCUAUUGAGUUCUAUGUAACCGUCCACACAGAGUGGCAAGCGCAGGUCGCGGUCCGGAUUGCACGUUGUAUUUUUUACAACUCUUGUUUUUAUUAAGUUUCAAUAUGAAUUAGACCGAUUUUUUUGCGUUGCUUCCGUAACGCUAACAAAAUAUCCAAUAGCGAUACGGUGCUUUCUUUAAAAUCCGUGAAACGUGGCUGCUUCUGUAGUCACACCGACCGCCUUCUCGCCGCUGUCCUGCUGCAAACUCAGCUUGGGACUGCUAUGUAGCACGCCCCGGUACGCAUUUCCUCCCCGCAGGUCCGGCCUUAAACUUGCUUUUCCUGCAAUACCGCGCCUGUGUGGCCUGAGCUUUACGCUUAUCUCGAUUUCGUCUGGACUAUUAAAAGUGUCGUCAUGUUUCUCCAUUUCUAUAAGAGACAAAUUAGCACUAGUGAGUACGCACAUUCAUUUUGUCAUUAGAUAGUUAAUAAAAAUCGAUAUAUUAUAAAUUAUCAUCUGAAGGAAACAUUGUCCGUUAAUUAUGAAAGAGAUCUGUUGUGUGUUGGUACAAGUGUGAGCAAACAAAAUCAAUGCUUAAAAAUUGUAACUAGUAUAUAAACAUAAAUAAAUUCACUUUGUUAAUCUAUAUAACCGAAACAAAUCAUACGUCUGAUUUGAAAAACAAAAAUGUAUAUACGAUGAAUUUAAAUAUCACUUAACAGCAUUGACUUACAAUUAUAUGGAUGUCGGGUCUGCGCUAAAAAGUGUCCGAACUUAUAG